CUCCCGCGUUUCUGCAGCAUUUGUUUAGGAAACGGGAGGAGGCGCAAGGAGCAGCGCGUUAGACGCAUUGGAAAGAGAAUGACGGGACAGCAGUGAGAUAUCUCCUUCACUCCGGAAGUUUCUGGCUUUGUGGAUUAUAGUAGGCUCUAAUUACGCUUAUUAUUUCGCGGUAGGAGGAUCACCGUACACACAGAUCCGUCUGUGGGCUGUGUUCGAGGUUUAUCGACUUUAACCUACUGCGAAAGAGAACUGCUUUAGCCUGGUAGGAGUUACACCUUGCGUUGGAUUUGCAACUGUCGUAAAUAUCGUGAGAGAAAGUGAUAACUUUGAAACUCACAUAUCGACAGGAGACUUAUUGCACAUGGAUUGUGAUUUAAUAAAAGUGUCGUGAUUAAGAGAGCCUCACGCCUGGCGAUGAAGAGCUUUGCCUAUGAGUAAUUUGCUUUAAGAUGCUCUGCGUUCUGCGCAAAAGGAGGCUGAAACUUCUGCGGUAAACGAGCACGGAACGGUGUGGAAUGGGAGAAGCGGCUCCGGCGCAGGCCACGGCUCCGGGUUUCCCCACCGUCUUGGGUUCUGUGGGUUCGGGCUCCAUGGCCUCAGUGAGCCCGGUGUCUGUGCACAGCGCUAUAGUGGAGCGGCUGCGCGCACGGAUCGAGCUGUGCCGCCGCCAUCACUCUGCGUGUGAGAACCGCUACGCGCGCGGUCAGGCUGAGAUCUCGGACCGGGAGCGCGAGGCAACCCUGCAGCUACUCAGUAUUGUUCAGCAGGGCGCUACGAACCGGAGAGGCAAGGAGAGGAGCGCGAGAGGAGGCGCGGCGCACGGGCCGGACGGAGCCAGGGCUAACGGAGAGCAGAAAAACCGAGAGACAGGGGAGGGAGAACCGAGACUGGCAACACGCAUAGCGCUCCAGGGGUCCCUUAGAAGAAAGAUUGAGGGGCAGCCGUCUGGAUACACCGCUAAUCAAAAUGGCCACUUCUCUGUGGGCCCUGUGCCAGACUUCAAGCGUCUUCGUAUGGAGACAGGCUCUCUUCGUCCUGGUGCUUGCUCUGUGGACGCAGGGCAGCCUCCAAGUUUAGCCGGGUCUAUAGCUCUGGGCCAGGUUCCUCGACGGAAAGAUCCCUUCAUGAUGGGCCAAGGUGUAGGCAGCGAUAUUUUCAACAUGACUCUCAGAGAUAUGAAGAAAGAACCGACGGAUAUUCAGACCUGCAGCCAGUCAUCAGCAGAUCCUGCAAUGAUGGUGUUUGACUUUAAAGAUGAGGGUGGAGGACAGAUUGACCCUGAACUCCAGGAUCUCUUUGAUGAGCUCACCAAGUCAGUACCACCUCUCAAUGACCUGGAGCUGGAGAAAAUGCUGAAACAAGAUGAUGACUUUGGUUUGGAUCUCGGUCGACCCAACUCUGCCGGUGCAGCCAAUCCCUGCCAUCAUUUAGAUAAACCAAUCAAAACAGAGUACUCACCUGAUUUUGGUCAAGCACCAGGAAGUUCUCCGCAGCUCAGGCCAGCAUCUGCCGGACCUUCCUUCUCAAUGGCCAACACUACUUUAUCAACUUCCCCCAUUGGGCCUGGGCAAAUGACCCACAAUCAUGUACCACAGACCUCGGGUUCAUCUUCAAGAGGACUACCUGCCUGGCCUGAGAUGUCACAUGCUGAGCAGCUAAAGCAAAUGGCAGCAAACCAGCAGCCCAAACAGCAGCCCAACACUCUCCUCCACCACCAACAAAACCAAGCUGGAGGAGUGAGAAACUGGUCCUCCACCAUGAGUGGCCACCCCAGUUCCUUUUGUCAGGAAACAAUGUCCAGCACUGGUUUGCUAAGCCAACCAAGAGUUAGCUCUCAGGGACCUGGUCAAGGCAAAGGCAUGCCCAACUGCCUCUUUAAGCCCAGUGGUUACAACCCAUCAAAUCCCACCGACAUGAAAGCUCACAGCAAUAAACCAAUGCUGCAUUUCACCCCUAAAGCAUCAGCUUCAACCACAAGCCAACAAAUCCCUCAUAUGGCUGGGUCGCAGAGCAAACAGACUCCACAGCAGCAGUCUACAGGAGGUCAAAACACGCAAUUCCAGUUGUCUAUGCAAUCAUCAUGCCUACAACCAAAGCCCCUGAGGCCUCCUCUUAACCAGCAUGGUCCUGGAAUCAAUUAUAAAAUGAACCAACAAAGACAGGGAUUGGCACCAGGGCCACGUUUCUCGGCAAAUGGUUGUCUGGUGACCCAGCAGCAGCAUCCGUCUGCACCUAGCACUCCGCAGAUAAAUAACGGCAAAGGACAGAGACAGCUAAGCCAACCUCAGCAGCACUCCAGUGAAACUGAGAAAUUCAACCCACAGGAUCAGUUUAACAGGCAUCUAACAAGACCUCCACCUGACUACAAACAACCACAGCAUCCCAACCUUUACCCAGGUCUGACAUCAUCCACAAUGACCAGUAACAACUCUGACCAGAGAGAGAUCCAGUCCAUCUCAUGUCAUAUACCCAAUGGCCAAGGAGUCAAAAUGACACCCAACUCUGGAGACAGAAUGUUUCCUAAUAGAUCUGAUCAUUCAGAAGUCCAAAACUGUGCAGGCCAACUACACCAACAGCCUAACAGCCAGAUGCAAGUUGGGAUGCAUCAAAACAAGCCACAGUUCCAGGGAAUUCUCCCGACCACACAGCAUGUAAGAACCAGCGCAAGCCAAGAUCCAACCCUUGGCCAAGGACUGGGAUGCAUGACCACCACUGGAAGCAGGGACGCUGCCAUUAGCUGGGAAAAUGUUGCAAAGCAACUAGAUGUAAAGAGACUUCCAGGUACAGUGCCAGCCCAGGGUGCACAAACUGAUGCUCACUUCCCACCGAGACAUAUUGGCCCACCAAAUCAGGUAGUGCCCCAUUCUGGACUGAUCCCUUUAAACCCUGGCAUUAGAGGAUCAGCUCCUAGAGCCAGCCAGCCUCGCAUACCCCCACUUCCUGGGAUCAGCAGACUAAACCAAUCCUCUCCCACACAACAGGGAUGCAUGAACACAUAUGGAGGCACAGCACAAAGCCCUGGUGCCUAUCAGAACAACCGUGCAGGCCGCCUCACGUUUGAUUUUCUGCAGGAUGGGGAUAAUACAGUACCAGGGAUCAAUGCAGACUCGGACUUCAUCGAUUCUCUGCUUAAGUCAGGUUCAGGCAAUGAUGACUGGAUGAAAGACAUAAACCUAGAAGAGAUUUUGGGUGGUAACUCAUGAAUGAGAGACUCAAAAAAAAAUACAAAUGAGAA